GACAAACUUACACGUGACUGUCAGAUUCUCAAUUGUAUGUGAUUUCUAUGAGUGAGAUUAUGUUUGUCAACCGUUUAGUUUUAAGUACCGAAGUGUUUUCUGAAACAUAAAAUCAAGAAACGUUUAACUAAGGUAUUUUCUUUGAAGUGUAGAUUACAUCUAGGAUGAAAUGUGUCUGGAAAUCAUCACUCGAAAUAUGUGGAACGCAGUUCCAUCAAGGCCCACAAAUAGAACGAUGGAAAUCGUACAUCCAGCCAGAAAUGUGAUCGUAACUGCUACUUACACCAAAGAAUGCCAGGGUCAACUCUCUUGCGCAUUAAUUCUUAAAGCACUUCAGGACAAAGCAAUGAGGUUUAAGUAUUUGGAAGAUAUUUAUUACAAUUUUCUUAUUGGUGGCGACGGGAAGGUAUACGAAGGGCGUGGUUUCAUCCAAGCACCUUGUCUGUCUCCAAGAUUUAAAAAUAUGACGUAUCAAACUUUAUACAUUGCAUACAUAGGAGGUUUUUCUGAAAAAAGGCCAUCGGUCAAGAUAAGAAAUGCCAGGUAUCUUCUUGUUCAACAUGGGAUCUCUAUGGGAUACAUCCACCCCGAAUACCAUAAGAUUGAUUUGCUGCAGCGAGAGAAUAUAGACGCUUCUGGAUUGUACAGACAAAACCUUAGAACUCGAGCACGACUUUUAUCAUAAAAUUAAAUACUAUCUAAGUCAGUCAAACAUUACUUCAGAUUAAACAUGGUACUUAAAGGCACAUGUUAUACAAAUGUGAAUACUACCACAAAUACUUUCAACAGUAAGUGGUAUGCAAUGAUGUCAAUAAUGAAGUACGCCUGAACAACCUG